GAUUUGUGCUACUGGGACUGGUCUGCGCCCAUCGCCCUGUCGACGGAAUCGCUGGAGCCUGGCAAAUUCCAGGGGCGUGGCGAUGGGCAGCUUGUGGUCAAACUGCCGAUCGGUGAAGGACUCUCAGCGACGCCCAACAUGUGCGAGUUCGCAUUGCGCGCGAUUCAGAAGGAGCUCAAGCGUUCGGUCAAGUUGCUCGGAGAGAUGGACUCUGGUGAGGCGGACCUCACGGAGCUCUUUGCGCAACACAACUUCUUCCAACGCUAUCGUCACUACAUCCAGUUUGAUUUCCUGACCAAGGAGGAGGAGAUCAUGGAUGAGUGGCUCAGCUGGGGCCAGACGCAGAUCCAGGAACUGCUUCAGCAUUGCGAGUCCAUGAACGACAACAAGGUCACUCUUCGACCCUGGCCCUGCCUGGUUGACUUCAAGGAUGGCGACUGGCCGCAUGCGAGGGCGAUCUUCAUUGGCAUCCACCGCCAGCGGAUGGAGGGGGAGGAUCCGGCCACCAAGCAGAUCAUCGACUUCCGAGAGAUCAUGGUGAAGUUCUUGGUCAAGAUCAGCGCGUGGCCCGAGGCCGAACGCUACCAGAACCAGCUGGAGUUGCUGAUCCGCCCCGUCUCCCAGGAGCAUCUCAAGGAUUGGCUGAGGCACCAGCAAGCAGGCCUGGUGGUGCCCGUACCGCCAAGGGAGGAGAAUGACGACAUACUCCCUUUGGAUGGUGAAGAGGUGUCAUAA